UAUCACACAGCUCGUUCAACGUUUCGGUCGACACAUUCUCGAGUCAAACUGAGGCACCUAUUCGUAAAUCCAGAACAAAUUCAAAUUGUAAAUUGUAUCCUGUAACUUUUUAGUAAGUUUUGCGUUCUCUUUCGAUGAAAUUCCGUUGAAAACCGUCAACAAACUGAAUCCCGUGGCCAAGCCAGCAACAAGAAGUCAUCAACUUGCUUGGAAAGCACAAAAAAUUUAAGCAGUUUAGUUACCAGACAAAUGAUACAAGGCAUUUUGGCUAAAAAGCAAGAAAGCAGUGGUUUGUGAAGCAAGCAGUGUGCCCAAAGAGCAAGUUUACCAUCUAUAAGAAAGUAGGUUCCUAACUCUAAUAGAAUCCUAAUAUAAAGGAAGUUGGAACUUUGGAAACCAUUAAGCAAAUCCUAGCAAGCAUUUGAGCUUAAAAACAAGAGAACCAUUAGCAGUGGUUUGCAAAGCAAGCAGUUUAUCUUCUCUGAGAUACCAAGUUCCUAACUUUAAUAGAAUCUUGAUAUAAAGAAAGUUGAAACUUUUGAGCAAGAAAAUCUUCCAGUAAUAUUUCUGUUGGACAUAUAGAGUAGUAACUCGAUCAAGAUGUCGGACAACUCGGCUGUGAGCACCGUGCUCAACGUUCUGCUCUGCGGAGCCACCGGCUUUGGAUUCUACAAGAUUGGGCCCAGCGAGCAUCCCUAUGCCUUCACCGCCUGUGUGAUUGGAUUCUGCCAUGGACUCUUCGGGCUGGUGAGCAGCCUGACUGGGGAUGAGAAUGCCAAGAAGGUCACGGACACGACCACCUCGAUCAUGGAGAUCAUACCGCUGCCGCUGGUCAAUGUGGAUCUAUAUUUGGCCGCCGAGAGCAACAACAUUGCCCUGGGCCAUGGACUUUUCAUAGUGCCGCUGGCCGUCAGUGUGAUUAUCAAUCUCUUCAAGGGCGAAAGCGGCGAGGAGGGCGAGGGUAGUGCCCUGGAAACCCUGAAGACCCUCACCAUUUUGGGUAACAUCACAUCGCUACUAUACCUAUCGAUCAACGAGAGCAGCUGGAAUCUGGCCGGCAUGGCCUUCUUGGCCUUCAUGGCCAAGUUCGGGGCCAAGUUCUUUGAGGAGCAGGUCAGCGAGGGCAGCGGCGAGCCGGUGACCUACUUGAGUUGGUCGGGCUUCUACGUCCUCACCGCCUUGGCCACCACGGGCGAAAAGUAGAUUCUUAGAUCACAGGAUACAACCUUUUUUCGAAACUUCCCAAGCAAAUUUCCGGACCCCAAUCCAUUCGACCUUGGACGAGCAAAGUGAUGAAUAAAUUAUUGGCCUAAUGAUGCGGCUAAUCCUUAACUUUUAACAUUUUGGCUUCCUUUAUCAAGAAAUAUACAUAUAUAUUUUCGAGUGGCAAU